AUGGAGGUCUUCUGCCGAAACGUCCCUCAGGACUUAUCAGAAGAAAACUUCAAGCAAGAACUCAUCCCGUUCAUGAAAGCAUUAAACAUCACGGACUUUUAUUGCGAAAAGCCCAAGCGAAGGCCUCAAGCAUGGGUCAAAUUCCUCAACCCUGGCGAUGGCUACUCAUUUCUUGAAAGGCACGGCAAACAACGGCGUCACGAUGGACCGCAGAAGGAGAACACGAACCCGAGAUAUCCUUUCAAGACCAACUUCAGACCAAAAGAUACCCCACGCCUCCACAUUCUCAAGACAGCUGUGUUUGUUGAGCAGAGUACUCGCAUACUCGAUAAGCAUUCGAUCGCACAUCUCAAGCAUGAACGCGAUAAAAAGCAACAAAAGGCUGCUGCUGAUACCACCGCUAAGGAUCGCCAAGCUCCAGUUAAGGCCUUCAGUAUCAUCGGCAUCAGUUGUGGUGGAAAUACGUUUCGUGGUCCCCAACAGGUCAUUACAUUCGUUGAGCACAACAGUCUGACCCUGCCUAGUAAUGUUAUUGGCAAAUUCAUGCCGCAGUGGUUAACUGUCUACGACGAAGAUGUAAACCGUAUGGACUUUUACAAUGACACUAUUCAGCAUCUUAUUGCUAGUCGCAAUGACGCAUCCAUCACCUUGGUCUUGACUGAACCGCCAAAGAUGUACACGCCUCACAAAUCCGACAACCCGAAUCAGGAGUGGAAACGGGUACAGGGGUUGGUCAACUGGGGGUUGGUUCGCGAGUAUUCGGCAUCUUGCCUCGUCUAUCGCAUUUUCUUCACUUCGAUAGUCGACAUGAACGAAGUCCUCCGAUCUGUCAAGCACCGUGAUAUUCUCGCCAUCACCUAUCACGAUCUCCCAUCCGUUCUAUGGACAUACAUGGAACCCGAGAGCAACCAUUUCCUCGGCCUCCAGCAAUUCACGGAGAAGGCUAAGCGCCUUCUGGCAUCAGAAAAUGUUCACUUCGCUCUUCUCUUCCAAGUCCAAGCUCUGGUCUGGAACAACUACAUCAACCCCGCGAGCGGCAUAGAACUGUUGAAAAUCCUCGAUCAAGUCAUUACGGAUGCUAAAGAAAAAAAGGUCGCGGCUCCCGUCACUACAGACGCCAUGAAGACUCUCUUUCAGAAGAUACCCUACCCUUGCCCUGGCAUAGAUCCUGAUGAGUUGAAUGUUAUCACAUUGAUGACCAACAUCAUGGAUGAAGAAUAUGAGGCCAGGGCGGAGAAUCCCCGUCGAGACAGAAUCUAUGGAGCCAAGAUUCCAGAUCAUCAGAUUUAUGUAUUCAAAGCUAUGGUAACGCCCACGCGUGUUCUGCUUUCUGGUCCUGAGCCUGACAGCAAGAACAGGGUGUUGCGAAAGUAUCUCGAGAACAAUGACUACUUCUUGCGCGUGAUCUUCUGCGAAGAAGAUGGCCAGGACCUCAACUUUCAUCCAAAGGUUGAUAACGAACCAAUCUUUCUACGGUUCCGGCGUGUCAUGGAUGAGGGAAUCACCAUCGCCGGUCGAAAGUUUCAGUUCCUAGGCUUCUCCCAUUCAUCUCUUCGAUCUCACUCCGCCUGGUUCUCUGCGCCUUUUACCGAUUCUAAUUUCCAACGCCAGACUCCUGAAGCUAUUCUACGAGCCCUCGGGGACUUCAGCGAGAUUCGAGUUCCGGCAAAGUGUGCAGCACGAAUCGGCCAAGCUUUCUCAGAAACACCAUAUGCAAUCCCAAUUUUUGAGACUGGUAUAGCCCAUCGGUUCAUUCCAGAUGUCAAAUCUGAAGAUGGAACACGUGUAUUCAGUGAUGGUGUCGGGACGAUUUCUAGAGAAGCGCUGGAGGAGAUUUGGUCUUAUCUCUCAACGCGAGCUGCAGCACCGACAUGUCUUCAAAUCCGGUGGGGUGGUUGCAAGGGAAUGCUCUCUCUCGACACUCGACUCAAAGGAAAGGUAUUCUGUAUUCGACAAGAGUCAAUGAUGAAGUUUCCAAGUGACGAUCUUAGAGAACUCGGCAUUUGCGACGCUUCUUCCAAACCUCUUCGACUCGUUCUCAACCGCCAAAUGAUCAAGAUCUUGGAAGACAUGGGGACACCUAACGAUUGGUUCUUCAGACUGCAGAAUAACGCACUUGACAUACUGCGCAAUGUCACAGCUGAUGCGACCAAUACGAGCUAUUUCUUGGACUACCAAGCCAUCGGUGUGAACAUGGGCCUGCCUAAGCUGGUGAAGCAGUUAGAGAAGAUGGGUAUUGACUACCGCCGGGAUAAGUUCCUCAAGUCAGCGGUUGAACAUGUCGUCUUGCGAGAACUAAGAUUGCUGAAGCACAAGGCACGCAUUCCUGUUGAUCAAGGAGUGACCCUUUUCGGCGUCAUGGAUGAGACGGGAUUCCUUGAUGCUGAUGAAGUUUUUGUCACAUACGACAAGACGCACGGCGUUUACAGAGGCCGUCGCAUCAACUCCACGCUGCAAGACGGUCAAAUUAUCGUCACACGCUCACCGGCUCUUCACCCAGGAGACAUUCAGAUCGUCAACCAAGUGACCCCUCCACAGGGACAUCCUCUACGAAGUUUACAGAACUGCAUCGUCUUCAGCCAGAAGGGCAAACGUGACUUACCCAGUAUGCUGAGUGGAGGAGAUCUGGACGGUGAUCUCUAUAACAUCAUCUGGGACCCAGAAGCAUUACCCGAUAACUACUUCUUGCCAGCAGACUACCCAAGAGUUAAACCGAAGCCACUAGAUCGCCCGGUGAAGUCUCAGGACAUUGCCGACUUUUUUGUUGACUUUAUGCGAACUGAUAUCUUGGGCAUGAUUGCUACAAGACAUGUCGUCUUGGCAGAUUAUCAUGAACAGGGAACAACGCACCCUGACUGCGUUUCGCUGGCGGGCAUGCACUCUACAGCGGUCGACUUCUCCAAGACCGGUAUUCCAGUCGAUGUAAAAGCUUUGCCCAAAAAUCCUCCGUUCCGUCCUGAUUUCCUUGCAACAGCACCGCCUCUGAAGACGUACGAAAAGGGACAGAUCGCUCAUUUGCGCGACGAAGAUGAAGAUGACAACGCUGACGACGGCAUGGCUCGUUAUAAAGCAAAAUAUUAUGCCUCUGAGAAAAUCCUCGGUCGUCUAUAUCGAAACGUUGAUGAAAAGAAGAUCUGGGAUGAAGAUAUCCAUCGUAUCGUCAACACAGCUGGGCCAUCUGUAUGGGAUCAGUUAUUAACCGUUGUUGAAAGCGAGGUAAACAAGUAUAAGCUUGACGUCGAUUGGACGCGUAGAUCCGACGAGGCGUGGAAGAUUCGAGGCCUAUACGAGUCGACUAUUACCGAUAAGAUGUGGCGCUUUUCCGAAAAUCCACGUGCACCCCUUACAGAAGUCGAAGUAUUUUGCGGUUUCAUCCUCAACAAACGCGGUGCCCAAACACGCCGCCAGGGAGAUUCAUCUAUUAAACUGAAAGAAGAAGUUGACCGUAUCAUGACAUGGAUAGUCAAACAGAUCCGCGAUCGCGGUGUAGGCGAUGGUGCAGAAACUCUUAGCACAGCCACCGAUGCAGACGCAACUCCUUCGCGAUGGAGAGAAGACGUCGUUGAGUUAUGCUGGGCCUGUGUAGCAGUCGCAUGUAUCAGAAAAGAAUUCGCGCCAUUGGUGUACCACGGAACCGGUGAGCUGGAGAGUUUCAGAGUCGUCGCGGCUUGUUGUCUACUGAAGGAACUGAAUAAUCUGGCUAGGAAGAUGGAGGUCAGCGCUGGAGGAGGCUUUGUUGGUGUUGGACGUGGUGGACGAGGACGUGGGAGAGGCGGUACAAGUAUGAGACUUCCCAUACGAUGA